UCUUACACGAGUAUCUUUCCUUCCAUGCACCACCAACUUCGCCGACGGUAAACGAAGUCGCGGUGGGGGACAUGCUUGGCUACGUUGCCAAGGUGGCGCGCGAGUUUGUCUUGCAACGGUACGAAGAAAACAACGCACCGUUGCUCUACGUUCGCAUUCAGAUUGGGCAAGCGGCCUGCAACGCUUUGCUAGAUUGCGGCACAACUCGCAACUUCAUCAACCAGUCGUUCAUGACUCGGGCUGGCCUUGGCGCACAAGUACGGAGGAAGUCACAUACGACGAUGGUCGCUCUUGCCGACGGUAAGACGAAACAACUUUUAGACCGUUACAUCUCKGCUGUCCCGRUGUACUUUGCACCGCACGCAUGUGAACCCGUCACUUUUGACGUGUUGGACACCGACUUCGAUGUCAUUUCGGGGAUGCCUUGGCUUUCUAGCGCGGACCACACGGUCAAUUUCCAUCGACGCACGCUCACGAUUCGUGAUGCAACUGGCGCCGAGGUCCCGUGUACUAUUCCUCCUCCUCGCUCUUCCAUUAGGUGCCAAGUCGUGAGUGCCAAAUCUUUUCAAGACACAUGCCGUUCCGAGCAUGUCGAAGAGAUUGGCAUCGCUUUGCUUCGAACCGUCCCGACGACCGAUUCAUCGUCCACAAAGGUGUCUUCUGACCCCCGUGUGACCCGGUUGUUAGACGAGUUUUCGGAUGUUUUUGAGACACCCUCCGGUAUAGUCCCGGACCGGCCAAUCUCUCACGAGAUCAUACUUGAGGCCGGCGCCGUGCCACUGAAAGGAUGCAUUUAUCGCAUGUCCGAGGAGGAGCUCACGGUUCUCCGUGCGCAACUCGACGAUCUACUCGACAAGGGUUGGAUCCGCCCUAGCAGCUCACCUUACGCUAACCGCGACAAAUGCGAGUUUGUCCGGCAAGAGCUUGAAUACUUGGGUCAUUUUGUCUCUCCGGAAGGCAUUCGUCUGUUGGUGGACAAGAUUCAAGCCAUCCAGGAGUGGCCUGAGCCGAAGAAUGUGACGGACGUUCGAUCCUUCCUCGGCUUGGCCGGUUAUUAUCAGCGCUUUAUCAAGGGUUACUCGAAGAUUGCGGCCAACCUAAGCAAGUUACAAAGCAAGGAGCAACCUUUUGACUUCGACGACAACGCGCUCCAUUCUUUUGAGACACUCAAAGCGGCACUCUUGUCCGCCGAGGUGUUACAUAUUUAUGACCCGCUUCUAGCUACGCGCGUCACUACCGAUGCGUCGGGCUAUGGCAUUGGGGCCGUCCUUGAGCAGCACGAUGGCACGGACUGGCACCCGGYCGAGUACUUUAGCAAGAAAGUACCUCCCGUGCAUUCGAUCKAYGACGCACGGAAGAAGGAGCUUCUUGCCUUCGUCCACGCCCUCAAGCGUUGGCGACAUUUCCUCCUUGGUYGGAAAGCAUUCCGAUGGGUAACGGAUAACAAUCYGUUGGUAUUCUACAAGUCRCAARACACGAUUAACAAUACCAUUGCCCGUUGGAUGGCUUUCAUCGACCAGUUUGACUUUUUCCCCGAUCACAUUCCCGGGAAGUCAAACCGUUUUGCGGACGCCCUCUCAUGGCGACCGGAUCUUUGCACCGCAGUCUUCUCUAUCUUCGAGAUCGACGACGACUUGCGGGAGAGCUUCAUCCGCGGCUAUCAAGCCGACCCUCACUUUCACGACAAGUACGCGAAUUGCUCCUCUCCGAAUUCGGUGCCUUCGCAUUAUCGGAUCCAAGAGGGCUACUUACUUGUGCAUUCACGGGGUAAGGAUCUUCUUUGUGUGCCGAAUGAUUCACACUUGCGCACACGGCUUCUUGGUGAGUUUCACGAUGCGCCCGCCUCCGGACAUUUUGGUGUCAACCGUACGCUUGGCCGACUUCGCCAACGGUUCUAUUGGCCCGACCUUCUCAAGGACGCCACCCGCUAUUGUGAGCCGUGCGAAGUCUGUCGGCGUUGCAAGUCACGCAACCAUCGUCCGUUCGGCGAGCUACACCCAUUACCAGUACCCCUUGGGCGACGGGAAGCAAUUGCUAUGGAUAUCACCGGCCCCUUCCCGAAGCACAAGACCGGCGUUGAUGGGAUCCUCACGGUCGUCGACCGCCUCACCAAGUACGCCAUGUUUUUGCCUUGCCGCUAUCACGCAAAGGCACCGAAGUUAGCCGAGGUCUUAUACACCGGUUGGAUUCGCUCCAAGGGCUACCCCAAGGAGAUCGUUUGCGAUCGGGACACUCGCUUUCUCUCCGACUUUUGGACCGCUCAAGUCCUCCGCACUCUCAUCCAUCCCGACCAGGCUGAUUGGGUUGAGCGCUUGCCAGACGUUGAGUUGGCUUACAACUCAUCGAUCCACCCGGCUAUCGGGAUGUCGCCGUUCGAGUUUGAGCAUGGUUCACCCAUCUCAUCGCCGCUGGACGCUACUUUGCCGCGCACAGCCGAGAGCGACGACCAUCUUGCGUUCCUUCGUCGCAUGCAAGAGCUUCUUGUCAAGGCACGGGAUCAGAUGUCGAAGACGCAAAUACGGAUGAGCCGUCAAGCCAACCGCAAUCGCCUUCCUUGCCCGUUCCGCGCCGGCGAUCUGGUUUGGGUCUCCGCAGCGGAGUCCAGCCUUGAGCAAGACAUCUCUCACAAGCUUCUUCCCAAGUGGAUGGGGCCUUGGCGCAUUCUCUCUGCAGCUGGUGAUGAUCCAGAGGGACCCUCAUUCCGCAUUGCGGUGCCACCUCACUUGCCCGUCCACACGGUGUUCCACUAUUCCAAACUCGCUCCUUUUGUUUCAGCGGAGUCCGACGAGUUUCCCAGUCGACGUACGCAAGACCCUCCUUCCAUGGACGGAUUUCAGGAGGCGGGCUACAGCAUCACCGACCGGCGCCAUGGCAACAAAGAAACAGAGUUUCUACUUCACUUUUCCUACUGCAGCCACAAGGCUGACYGUUGGCUGACGCGUUCGGAACUGCAGGCCACAGCCCCCGCCGUUCUCUCACGCUAUCUUAGCAAAGGGAAGACUACGCAUAGCACUCCAGCUCCUCGCCAUCCUCGCAACAUUCCGCCAUCGGAUCAGCAGCUUUGCCCGCGCCCCGGCUCGCCUUCAUAAGGAGGGGGGCGUGCUACAUGCUGAAAGCCUACACACGGGCCCCUCACGGGCCCCUCACGGGACCCGAGGUUGGAAUAGGGCCCCCAGGUC